CAAUAAUAGCAAUAUGUCAAUUAAUCGACGACGUUCAUUCCCGAGUAAAUUUACAAAGGUUGGACACUUUGUUGUACCACCAACAAAUGAAACACCAAACUCUUCGGAAACAGAUUCUCAGCGAGAGCAGCAACCAACACAUCAGCGCAAUCGCAUGAUGAUCACACAGAAACGCACUGUCAUAGCAAUCCUUACCAUGAUAAAAAUGAUGCAAAUAACAAUUGUACACAGGUUGACAUGGAAAGUGCGCAUGAUGCACAUCAGACACAACUUCAGCAGCCAGCUGUGGUGUCUACCGGUUGCGAUGAGCACCAGUAGUAAUCUUUUUCAAGCAUUAAAAAAGUCACCAGUUGGCGUUAUGGCUGCUGGCAUAUUCUCCACGUUGGCCAUAGUUGGCACUUAUCGUUUCGCCAUUAGGCCUAUACUGGAACGUAGACGUCGCGAAGAAGCUGAAGCUUUUGCCGAAUAUAUAUUUCAACAAGAGAAAUCUAAGAAAACAUCAUCAACUUUACUUGCUUCAAAAAGUUUAAGUAGUCUUAACUUGCUUGACAUAUCAUUGUGAGUAUGUUUAUUGUGAUCUUUUUCAUACGAUGGCGAAUUAUCUAUUGAUCUAUGGAUUUCCAUAU